AUGAUUCAAGUACAUGUUGAUAUUCUUCAAAACCUUCAACAAGCAAUGUUCGUCUUAAAUCUUCCAGUGACAGCAGAAUGUAGCAUUCAAACUGAUCAAGUUGUUAUCGAAGACAAAUCCCACGCUGAACGAACUAUAAUUCAUUUCAACGGUUUAAUAAUAGAUGUCAAUCGAAAUACUGAAAUUACAACACCUGAAAAGAAUACUAUUACAACAGUUGAAGAAGAACAGAUUCGUCGAACGUUCAGAUUUCCGUUUCUUCGAUUGCCAAUUGUCACAGACGAUGUGCACUACGAUUUGACUAAAAUUCAAUGUGCUGAAUGUCAUACACCAUUGAAAAUCAUUCCAGACAAUCAGUCGUACAAAAUUGUUCAACAACAAAGUACUAAUGCAGAUGAUAUCAACGAAGUUAUCUUCUGUCAUCGGUUUUGUGAAGCUCAUCAACAUGAACAUACGCACGAGCAUAAACAUCAAUUGCAUGUUCCUCUUGAUCUUCAUUCGGAAUCGGUAGUUCUCGAAACGGUGGAAAGCUUCGUCAUUGGAAAAGAGUUUACAUCUUUUGAUCUGGUCAACAAUGGACUUGUACAAUGUCACCAUUGUUCUGCUCAACUCGGGACAUUCGAUUCUCAAACAGAUCUCGUUUCGUUCGAUAAAUAUGCAUUAUAUCCAUUUUCCAAUGAUUAUCUAUCAGCAUGUUUCCGCCAUCAAGAACCCGGCCGAUAUAUAGUGAAAGUACCCAAAGUCAACGACUCGGUCUUUCUGGUCUGGAUAUUGCCGAAUCGGCUACUCUCUGCUGGUACAUCAAUCAAGUCAAAUAAUGGAUCUAUUCAACUUAAUUUUCAACAGAAACGCAAGAUUCUUUUCUCACAUAUAACAUCAGCAGAUGAUAAACUAUUUGCUGAUUGGAAACGAGAUUUCUCAGUAACAACUCUUCUAAUUAGUCGAUUAUGUCUCAAUCAUUUAUCAGCAACAUUCAAACAAGAACUAGAACAUUUUCCGAACAUUUUCAACAGCAAGGAAACAUUCCAAUCAUUAACUAUAUCUUUGUAA